AUGAUCGAGGAAGAGAUCAGCUACCUCCGGAAGCUGCGCCACCCGCGGUUGGUGUCUUUCCUGGGCUUCGCCAAAGAUGCGGGGCAGGUCAUCAUCGUCAUGGAGUUCAUGUCUGGCGGCUCCCUGUCCCACAUCCUCUUCACAAAGAAGGUGCCCCUCACGUUCGAGAGGAAAUGCUUCAUGGCGCAUCAGAUGGCCGAAGGCUUAGCCUUCCUCCACGACUUGAGUGUGGUUCACCGGGAUCUGAAAACUGCAAACGUGAUCUUGGAUGACGACUUGAAUUGCAAGAUCUGCGACUUCGGCCUGACGAUCACCCUGGAUCGCACGCACAUGACGGUCUGGGGCUUACAGGGGUCCCCACGCUACAUGGCCCCGGAGCAGCUUGAUGCCAGUGAGCACAAGCCGACCAAGAUCACCGAGAAAGUGGACAUCUGGCAGAUGGGCUGCGUUCUCAUGGAGCUGUACUGCGGCACCAUCCCCUUUGCCAACCUCAACAGCGUUGCCUCCAUCAUCUCUGAGCUUGUCGUGAAGCGCCGGGGCCCCUCUGUCCCGGAGAGGACGGAUCCACGGGCUCGCGUGCUGAUCGGCGCUUGCCUCCGACUGUCGCCCAAGGUGCGUCCAAGCGCGGACAUGAUCCUGGAGGCGAUCGGCGGCAUCUGCCCGGAGGCAUCCAGCAGCCAAGAGGCGUAG